CAUAAAAGCCGCCGCCGCCUGGGCAGAGCAGAGCUCAUAGCGCGCUGCCUGUAGCCGGUUCCCUCUGCUGUGGCGGAAGAAAACUACACCCGGGUCCCCAUGCAGCCCGCAAUGAUGAUGUUCUCCAGUAAAUACUGGGCCAGGAGAGGGCUCUCCCUCGACUCAGCCGUGCCCGGGGAACACCAAGGACUCGGCAACCUGACCCCAAACAGAGCCAGUUCUGGUAAAAAUGAUGAGAAGAAAGGGAGUAAAGGAAAUGGCAAAAGUGAAUCAGUUUCUGAAAGAGGAAAGACAGCUGUAGUAUUUUCCUUGCAAAAUGAAGUUGGUGGAUUAGUGAAAGCUCUCAGACUCUUCCAGGAGAAGCAUGUGAGUAUGGUUCACAUUGAAUCAAGAAAAUCCAAGAGGAGGAAUUCAGAGGUAGAAAUUUUCGUGGACUGUGACUGCAGUAAGAAAGAAUUUAAUGAACUAAUUCAGUCGCUAAAGUUUCAGACUAACAUCGUAACUCUUAAUCCACCAGAAAACAUCUGGACCGAUGAAGACGAACUUGAUUGUGUCCCUUGGUUCCCCAGGAAGAUUGCUGAAUUAGACAAAUGUUCACAGAGAGUUCUAAUGUAUGGCUCUGAGCUGGAUGCAGAUCACCCAGGAUUUAAGGACAAUGUAUAUCGACAAAGAAGAAAGUAUUUUGUGGAUGUUGCCAUGAGUUAUAAAUAUGGUCAACCCAUUCCCAGGGUGGAGUACACAGCCGAAGAAAUUAAAACUUGGGGGACAGUAUUCAGGGAACUCACUAAACUCUAUCCCACUCAUGCUUGUCGUGAAUAUUUAAAAAACUUCCCUUUGCUGACCAAGUACUGUGGAUAUAGAGAGGAUAAUGUACCCCAACUGGAAGAUGUUUCUAUUUUUCUUAAAGAAAGGUCUGGCUUCAUGGUGAGACCAGUUGCUGGAUAUCUGUCUCCUCGAGAUUUUCUAGCAGGAUUAGCCUAUAGAGUUUUUCACUGCACUCAAUAUGUACGGCAUGGCUCGGACCCUCUCUACACACCAGAACCAGAUACGUGCCAUGAACUCCUGGGGCAUGUGCCUCUACUUGCUGAUCCCAAGUUUGCCCAGUUUUCACAAGAAAUAGGACUAGCCUCACUGGGAGCAUCUGAUGAAGAAGUUCAGAAACUAGCUACUUGCUAUUUUUUUACGAUCGAAUUUGGCCUUUGCAAGCAAGAGGGACAGCUACGUGCUUAUGGGGCAGGACUCCUGUCUUCUAUUGGCGAAUUAAAGCAUGCUUUGUCUGACAAGGCCAGUGUGAGAACAUUUGAUCCAAAGACUACUUGCUUGCAAGAAUGCCUUAUCACCACUUUUCAGGAAUCUUACUUUGUCUCGGAAAGUUUUGAAGAAGCCAAAGAAAAAAUGAGGGACUUUGCAAAAUCAAUCAAUCGUCCCUUUUCAGUGUAUUUCAACCCAUACACGCAAAGCAUUGAAAUUCUGAAAGACACCAGAAGUAUAGAAAAUGUUGUCCAGGAUCUUCGGAGUGAUCUGAAUACGGUGUGUGAUGCUUUAAGCAAAAUGAACAGAUAUUUGGGUAUUUGAUGUCUGUGGCACUGCAGCUUUGCUGUCCACUGCUGCUUCUAUGGCUAUGCUAGCAACAUCAUGUGCUCCAGUUUCAGAGCCAUCCAUCUUCCCUCCGCAGCUUGGUCAGUGACUUGCAUGAUUGUGUAGCUCUAAUUGUAA